AAAGAAGAAGCAGACUCUGAAAUGGCUCGCUUCGCUCGCCCUUUCAGGCUGGUUUGCUUCGCAAACCAGCUGCAGAUCCCACUUCACGAGCCAUUCAGAGUCUGCAUAGCAGACUAAUCGUGCAACAACAAGAAAAAACUGUUGCAGGUGGUCGUAAACAGGUCGUACGUCAAUUGUGAAAGGGGCUUUAGAAACGAUUUCUUUCUAACGUUAGGCAGGCUUGGUGUGGCACGGUUCGUGACAGUUCUCUGUUUGUACAAGAAAAUUGAAAAUGAAGACGAACAAGAGACGAAAGAAACCAAAGAAACCAGUAACAACUAGCCUAUGAACUUAGCCAGCCAAAAUAACGAGAGCUCAAAGUUCAUGAAGAGGAAGGUCAUAUCAAGGUUGCACACCAUCAUGAAGGAUAUUGACAAGGUCAAACAAGAUACAACCAUCUCUUCAGAUGAAAAGAAGAUGAAGAUUAAGCAGUUAGAACUCAAGAUAGAAGAGCUAGGGGGAUUACACGCCUACCAACAGAGUUCUCUCCUUGGUGAACAUCUCCAUGGCAACAUAAACACAUCAAAAUGGGUGCUGCAAAAGCUCAAGGAAGCUAAUAUCCGAGCACCAAAGGGAUCAAAGUUAUGUUUACUGGAUGUUGGGGCCCUGCAGGAGAAUUACUCCAAACAAAGUAAAUGGUUGGAUGCAGAGGCCAUUGAUCUAAAUCCACAGUGUGAAGGCAUCAUCAAAUCAGAUUUCUUUGACUUUAAGGUUGGGGAGUCUGAUGUCUAUGACAUCAUAGUUCUGAGUUUGGUCCUAAACUUUGUAAGCUCUCCUUCUCAAAGGGGUGAGAUGUUGAAGAGAUGCCAGACACUCUGCAGACAGGAAGGACAUAUUUUUAUUAUGCUUCCUCGUGCAUGCCUGGAUAACUCUCGCUACUUUGAUCACACCCUCUUUGAACAGAUGAUGGAAAGUUUGAAUUUUGACCUGGUGGCUAAGCAUGACAGCAAAAAGCUUAGUUUCUUAAUGUUCAGGAAGGCUGAGAAGAGGAAAGAAGGGAAGACCAGUUUCCACAAGAGAGAAGUCAGGAAUGGGACACGGUGCAACAACUUUUGUAUCGUUAUGAGAUGAGGGAUUUGACAGAGCUCUAAGAAGGGAAGAUUCAGGUCAACAUGAAGUCAGGAUGAGGAAAGAAGAGACAGGCAAAGAGAAGUCUAAAACAGCAAAAGGUUAAACAACUAACCUUUACCGUGAUGUGUUUGUGGCCUUUGAUAAGAAGACUAGUUUUUAUGAGAAGUCAGGAAUCGGUAAUGAUGCAACAACUUUUGUGGAGUUUUUCAUGAGUCUGCCUUAGACACCUUAAUGAGAAAACUGUCUUCAAAUAAUUGUGACUAUUCCAUAUCAUUAAUGCGACCAGGGUUUCCCAAGUCGUGGACUCGCGCCAUGUUUUUUGCAUCGGGGGAGCGUUUCAUGAAAGGACUUGUCGGAUAUUUCAUCCAACAAAUCCUGCUUUAUACGGCAGUUACCAUAAUAACUGCCUCUCAGCCAAUCAAGGUCUAGGAAAGAUGUCGGAUCUGACAACUUGUGGAACAAAUAUACACUGUAUGUUGUUGAAACACUCCCCUGGUCUUGCGAAGGGACACAUGCAAGCUACUAUGAAAGAAAGUAAAUUAUCAAAUUUUCCACCAUCUAUUUCAUAAAUUGUGAUAAAUUUGUAUCUUUGUUUACAUAAUAAUAGCAUUUUUGCCAUUUAAAAGGCCACAUUUAUUCAGUUUCUUAGUUUUCAUGAUGAAUGAAGAGGAUUAGAAUACAGAGUAAAGAUGGUCUUUGGCUGAGCACAUUGACAUGCAGAAACAUCAUCUUAUUUGGGAAUGUGUGAUUGCCACUUGUGUGUAGACACAUUUGACAUAGCAAUAUGGGCCAAAUUCAUUCCACUUAAUGUAGUCAGGAAGUUUCUCUUUUUGAAGUUCCAUUAAAAUGCAUGUAAAAACGUAAACAUGAUAAGAAAAAAACACAUCAUGAUCAUAUGAAAGUCAAUAAAACCAGUAACACAAAUCAAUUAUGAAUACAUAUUUUUUUUAUUGCAUGAAAGCUUGAAAAUAUUUGUGAAUAUUAAAACAUCUCAUAUUGUUUCACAUGAAUUGAUCAUAAUAUAUUCUUUCAGUACUGAAUCAGUUACAAAUCCAGGCUAAAAUCAAUACUUGCAUUGAUAUUUGAAUCCAUUUUUAUUCUUUAUAAACUUCUGACCUUGAAUGGAUUCAACAGUGGUUCAAACUUCAAACAAAUGUGAGUUUUUCAUCGAUAAAGAAGAGUAAUUACACGCAGAAUCAUUCUUUAAAUUAAUAAUAAUAAUAAUAAUAUGAACAUUUGUAAUGCGUCGGUAUCCAUCAUAAAAAGAUGCUCAUGGCGCAAUAAAGAAAAGAAAAGGAAAAAGAAAGGAAGGGAGAUAGAAAACCUACUAAAAAGAGGGGGCGAAUAACAAUUACCUAAAAGCUUGUGUGAAUAACAAGGUUUUCAGAGAACUUUUGAAAGUGGUGAGACAAGAAAUAUUGCAGAUUUCUUUUGGAAGUUUAUUCCAUAGGAUAUGGAAUACCAAGCUGAUAUACCAAAUGAUAUACCAAGCUGCUAAAGAGGAAUAAAGAUGAUAUGAACCAUACUAAAUAUUUUUAAUGAAGAAAUGGAAUGAAAUGACAGAUGACUAUCAAUUAAUUAAUUUGAAUUCCUUGAAAUACAUCACCCUGAUAUACUGAACAGAAAGUUGCGAAAACAACUCUUUUUAUGCUUAGUAAGCUCGACUGUAUGGCCCGUAUUCUGAAGUCGGGUUUAACUUAGACCACAGCCUAACUCUGUGCUAAAAUUAUGGGGAGCUAAAAAUUCAAAACUUCUGUUUAUAUUGUAUAUUUCUUAAUACUACUUUGUUUCCUUUUGCUUUCAUAAUGAAGAAAAAUACUUAUAAAUACUUCAGUUAUCAUUCCUAGACAAUUAUGAACAAUUUGAGUGUCAUGUGAGUUUAUAAAUUGGAUGUGUACUAUUAGGGCUGUGUGCCCCAAUUGGCUCUUUAUAGUUAAACCACUAUUUUAAACCAAGGUUUAAUUAAAAUCCGAGUUCUGAA